AGUUUUUAAUAUGCAGUACAAGCACCAAACAUUGUAGUACAACUCCAAUACAUACAAUGCGCCAUCUAGUCAGAUUUCAACAACGCCAACCUUCUCCUUUCCCCAUACGGAGUAGUACUUGUCAAUUAUAAUUAUUUCUCUUUUUAUGUCCUCCACCUGCUCCAUCAACCUUCAACCCCCGUUAAAGCCUUCUUCCUCCUCCCCCCUUUUCCCCCUUCAAUUAUUAUUUAAAUCCCCAAAUUAACCAAAUUACACAACAUUUUCAAUUCUCUGGGUUUGCUCGGCUCCUUCCCACGGCGUCGAGCAUGAAGGACCUCCAGCUUUCAUCUUCCCGCGCCGCCGAUGAUUCCGCCGCGGACGACCUUGAAGAUGUCCGCCUACUUGACCACUACGAUGAUUCCGCCUCCUUGCCUGACCGUAAAAAUCAGAAUUCUAAAAGAAUUCAAGUCAGCGUCGGUGGUAUGACCUGCGCAGCUUGCUCUAAUUCCGUCGAGUCAGCUCUUCUCGCUGUCAAUGGCGUCUUGAAUGCUUCGGUUGCUUUGUUGCAGAAUAAAGCUGAUGUUCUUUUUGAUCCUGAUUUGAUCAAGGAUGAGGAUAUUAAAUCUGCUAUUGAAGAUGCAGGAUUUGAGGCUGAAAUUUUGCCUGAAUCAAAUUCUUCUAGGACAAUUCCAAAUAAAACAUUGUUGGGGCAGUUCAAUAUAGGAGGCAUGACUUGUGCAGCGUGUGUCAACUCUGUUGAAGGUAUUUUGAGGGAGCUCCCUGGGGUAGCCAGAGCUGUGGUUUCCCUGACAACUUCAUUAGCAGAAGUUCAAUAUGAUCCGUCUAUAGUCAGCAAGGAUAGCAUUGUCAACGCCAUUGAAGAUGCUGGAUUUGAAGCUUCACUUGUACAGAGCAGUGAGCAGGGAAAAAUAAUUCUCGAGGUUCUGGGAAUUUUGGGUGACCUGGAUUUACAGUCUCUGGAAGGAUUGCUUUGUCAUAUAAAUGGGGUGCUACGAUUUCGUUUUGAUAGGAAUUCAAGAGAGCUAGAAGUUUGCUUUGAUUCUGAAGUCAUUGGUUCUCGGUCCUUGGUUGACGCAAUUGAGGAGGCUAGUGGUGGCCGAUAUAAGUUAAGUGUGAAGAACCCCUAUGCGAGAAUGACUUCUAAAGAUUUGGAAGAAUCGUCAAAAAUGUUUCAGCUUUUCACAUCCAGUCUAUAUCUUAGUGUUCCUGUGUUUCUUAUACGUGUCUGCCCCCACGUACCGUUGUUAUAUCCUUUUCUUCUGUGGCGAUGUGGACCUUUCUUGAUGAGAGAUUGGCUGACGUGGGCGUUGGUGAGUCUUGUUCAGUUUGUCAUUGGAAAACGUUUCUAUAUAGCAGCUGCCAAAGCAUUAAGGCGUGGAGCAACAAAUAUGGACGUAUUAGUGGCAUUGGGAACUUCAGCUUCUUACUUCUAUUCUGUCUGCGCUCUUCUUUAUGGGGCUGUUACUGGUUUCUGGUCUCCAACAUACUUUGAAACAAGUGCCAUGUUAAUAACGUUUGUUCUGUUGGGAAAGUAUUUGGAGUCCUUGGCUAAGGGUAAAACAUCAGAUGCUAUCAAGAAGCUUGUUGAACUUACACCUGCGACAGCAUUGCUGCUUGUGAAAGACAAAGGUGGGAAAUGUGUAGGGGAACGCGAAAUUGAUGCUUUGUUAAUUCAACCUGGUGAUCCAUUGAAAGUUCUCCCUGGUACUAAGGUUCCUGUAGAUGGUGUAGUGUUGUGGGGUUCAAGUUAUGUCAAUGAAAGUAUGGUCACUGGUGAAUCUGUCCCUGUCUCCAAGGAGGUUAAUACACAAGUGAUUGGGGGCACAAUGAAUUUGCAUGGGGUUCUUCAUAUUCAGGCCACCAAAGUCGGGUCUGACACAUUUUUGAGUCAGAUAAUAAAUCUGGUUGAAACUGCACAAAUGUCUAAAGCUCCGAUACAGAAGUUCGCCGACUUUGUUGCAAGCAUAUUUGUUCCCACUGUGGUUGUUCUUGCAUUGUUUACACUGUUGGGCUGGUACAUUGGUGGAGUGACCGGAGCUUAUCCACAAAGCUGGUUGCCAGAGAAUGGCAAUUAUUUUGUGUUUGCCCUGAUGUUUGCAAUAUCAGUUGUGGUAAUUGCUUGUCCAUGUGCUCUGGGUUUGGCUACACCUACCGCUGUCAUGGUUGCAACUGGGAUUGGUGCAAAACAUGGUGUGCUUAUAAAAGGAGGAGAUGCAUUGGAAAUGGCUCAAAAGGUCACGUAUGUCAUAUUCGAUAAAACGGGGACUCUUACGCAGGGAAAAGCCACAGUGACAACUGCUAAAGUUUUCACUGGCAUGGAUCGAGGAGAAUUUCUUAGAUUGGUGGCUUCAGCUGAGGCUAGUAGUGAGCAUCCUUUGGCAAAAGCAGUCGUUGAAUAUGCUCGGCAUUUCCAUUUCUUUGAGCCUUCUGACACCAAAGACUCACAGAAGAAUGACAAGGAUUCCAAAUAUUCUGGAUGGCUUUUAGAUGUUUCAAAUUUCAUUGCUGUGCCUGGAAGAGGAGUCCGGUGUUCUGUUGAUGGAAAGCAUGUUCUGAUUGGAAACAGGAAGCUGCUUACUGAAAAUGGGAUGGCAAUACCUACACACGUUGAGAAGUUUUUGGUAGAGUUAGAAGAGGGUGCACAGACAGGAGUACUUGUUGCCUGUGAUGAUGUUCUAAUUGGUGUUCUAGGAAUAGCUGAUCCUUUGAAGAGAGAAGCUGCUGUUGUUGUCGAGGGUCUUAUCAAAAUGGGCAUUACACCUGUCAUGGUCACCGGGGACAACUGGCGAACAGCUCAAGCUGUUGCAAAGGAGGUGGGUAUACACGAUGUAAGGGCUGAAGUGAUGCCAGCUGGAAAAGCAGAAGUAGUUCGUUCGUUUCAAAGUAAUGGAAGUGUGGUGGCAAUGGUAGGUGACGGUAUCAAUGACUCACCUGCACUUGCUGCCGCGGAUGUUGGUAUGGCCAUAGGUGCAGGAACAGACGUGGCCAUCGAGGCUGCAGAUUAUGUGUUGAUGAGGAGUAAUCUAGAAGAUGUAAUAACAGCCAUCGAUCUUUCAAAGAAGACGUUCACACGUAUCCGGCUGAACUACGUGUUCGCCAUGGCUUACAACUUAAUAGCCAUACCCGUGGCAGCAGGUGUAUUUUAUCCAUGGAUAAGAUUAAAGUUGCCCCCUUGGGUGGCUGGUGCUUGUAUGGCACUCUCUUCCAUAAGUGUUGUUUGUUCAUCAUUGCUUCUUAGGACUUAUAAAAAACCCAGAUUGACAAGUAUACUCGAAAUAACUAUAGAAUAGGACUGGGAACAUUAUAAAUUUGGGGAAAAGGCACCCUCAAGUUCUGUACAUGUGUGAUAUGAUGUUUUAAUGGUAUUGGGGUUGAAAUUAGCUGCCUCGCGUUCCUGUAAAUGACAACUGUUGUAACAUAUUCAAUUUACUCUGUAGUGUUUUUCCUUUGUGGUCUGCAAAGAAAUGCCAUUGCCUUUGUGUGGAAUGGGCAUCAACGUGAGCUGGGAAGUGUUAUUUGUAAUGCUAACGUUGUAUAUGCUGAGUUAGGAUCAAAGCCUAAGCAUGAGCAAAAUUUGCCAUUCUCUCUUUCUUUCCUUCA